CCUCCACGGGACAACCCAGGACGUGCAUUUCUCAGCACCCAGUCAACUGCCAGAAGUGACUCGAACACAGGCCACCAGUGGCACUCGGCUGUACCACUGCAGUGCUGCGGAAAUUGCCAGCACCAGCGGCUUUGCAACAGCUGUUUCACAGCAUGUCGGAGACAAUGCCUACGAAAUUAUUGGCCCUGAUGACGAGAGCCCUCAAGGGGCAAACGACAUCUCUGUUGCAGAAGUGAGCCCGAUACCACCUGAAGUUACCAUGACAGGUGGCACGGCAGCAAUAGAUACAGAGACGGCCAUGUCUACUGCAGCUGCAACAGUGUACGAGGCAAGCAGCAGUGUGUCAGCAUCAGCAGCAGUGUCAGAAGGAACCGCACCAGGCCUGGUAGAGCAACAUGUGUGCUAUCACUGUGACUUUUUUUGUAGUGCAUACAACUCAUUUGCUCAACAUACAAAAGCUUUUCACCACGACUGUGAGCCAGUGUUCUUGUGCAGCAAGUGCAAGACUAAGUUAGGUGUUAUAACACAGUACAAGCAUCACUUUAAAAUAUGCAAACAUAUUACAGUUGUUGCCUCCCCAGCCAGCCCACAUAGCGACAACAACGUGGAACACAUGGUGGGACACACCUCUUUCCCAUUAGAAGAUAGUAGAGACUGUCAGUGUUGUUGCUAGAUUAACUGGUCUUUGUAGGCAACUAGAAGGACAACACAGGUGUCAUAAGAUUGUUGUUUAUGUUGUUGUUGAAGAGGUAAAAAAGAAGUUUGAUGCAGCUGAAGUGCCAACUGAUAUUGAGCAAAUCAAAAACAACCACCUGAGAAAGCAACACUAUCGAAAUUUGGGUAUCUAUGUGCCGCCAACUCUGGUAAAGAUGGCAUAGGACAGAAGUGUGAUGAAAAUCACACAGACACUGCUGUUCCAUCACUGGUCACAGUGAGCACUGACUUGUAGGGCAAGAGAGUCAACUGAAACGAACAUUAUGGCAUAGUGUCAUGCUCCCAUGUGACCACUUUCCAUGUUAUUUUGCAUGAUACAGCUCAACCUCCAGAAACGAGAC